GCAUAUUUCACUCUUGCAAAGAAAUGAGAUCAUGUUUCAUUUCAGGAAGAUGUAUGCUUCAGGAAAAUUCCUAUCAUCUUUCAUAAUAUCACCAAGUCAAUAUCUGGAGCAGAAUCAAUCCUUUCAGUUACAUAAAAUUAAAAAUGGCAUAUUGUUGGAAAACAGAUCUAAAUACCAGUGAAUCACAUGAAGAGCAGCAUGAGCACCAAGAAUUUCACUCGGUAAAUCAGUCCUUUUUCCCUAGCCACGUCAGUCUGGGUUUUGAUCAGCUAGUAGAUGAGAUCAGGAUUAAAAUUCCAUUCUAUCAGAGUGAAAUUGAAGAAAACACUGUUUGUGUACCCCAUGCACCAAACUGGGACUCAACAAGGCAUUCAUUACAUGAAACACACCAAAUACCCUUGAAUGAAUUAACUUCUCAGACCUCAGAACUCUCCUGUCACCAAGUUGGGAAAACACCAGUAAUUGGUUUUAGGCGCUCUGUGCUACCAAAUCCUGAAAAUAUGAACAAACAAAGCUCUUGUGGAAACCCCAUAGGAAAAUAUCAUGGGGGUGAUGAUUACAGAAUAAAUAUUUCAGCUCCAUCAUCCACUAGUCUGGAUAAAAUUAAUUCACAGAGAGAAUCAGAAAAUGAAAAUCAUAACUACCACAUAGGAUUUGAAAGUAGCAUCCCUUCUACAUAUUCAUCCUUCUCAACUAACUUCAUGCCAAAAGAAGAGAAUAAAAGAAGUAGAAACAUGAACAUUGUGAAACAUUCUCUGAUGCUUUCUGAAGGUUCUUUUCCACCCAGGACCUGGGAAAGUACACAGCCAGAGAAUACAGAGCUGACAGGUUGUUCUAUUCAGCUGGUUGAAGUACCUCAAGGCAGUAAUAAGAGUCUGGCCUCCUUCUGCGACAAAGUAAAAAAGAUAAGAGAAACAUAUCAUGCAGCUGACAUUAAUUCGAAUUCAGGGAAGAUCUGGAGCGCUACUGCAGCAUUUCCAUGUCAGCUUUUUUCUAACACUAAGUUUAAUAUAAAUAUUUGUAUUGAUAACUCAACACAACGACUUCAUUUUAAGCCAUACGCUAAUUAUCUUGUCAAAGACCUAAUUGCAGAGGUUCUACAUUUUUCUACAAAUGACGAAUUAUUCCCCAAAGAUCAUCUUCUAAGUAUAUGCGGCUAUGAAGAAUUUUUACAGAAUGAUUACUCUUUGGGGAGCCACAAAAUAUUUCAGAAAGAUAAAUCUGUUAUUCAACUUACUCUUCAUAAAAAUGGGAAAGUUCCAGGAAAAUUAUCUCGAAAGCAUGAAGAUGACCACAGUCAGUUUUAUCUGAACCAACUUCUAGAAUUUAUGCAUAUUUGGAAAAUAUCCAGACAGUGCCUCUCAACAGUAAUCAAAAAAUAUGACUUCCACCUGAAAUGCCUAUUGAAAACCCAGAAUUUUCAUCAAAAUUCAGAGACUUCAGCAAAAGGCUUGAUAGAGAAAGUGACAACUGAACUCUCCAGGGCCAUCUACCAGCUAAUAAGUGUCUAUUGCCGCAGCUUUUAUGCAGAUUUCCAGCCUCUAAAUAUACCUGAUGACAUUUCCUAUGUAAAUCCUGGACUCCAUUCCCACCUGAGCUUCACAGUGUAUGCAGUUCACAACAUUCCAGAGACUUGGGUGCACAGCUAUAAAACAUUUUCUUUUUCCUGUUGGCUUACAUAUGCUGGAAAGAAGUUGUGCCAAGUGAGAAGCUACAGAAAUAUUCCAGUCAAAAAAUUAUUCUUUUUCUUGGUCAACUGGAAUGAAAUGAUCAAUUUUCCUCUUGAAAUAAAGUCACUUCCAAGGGAAUCCAUGCUCACUAUAAGAUUGUUUGGAAUUAUCUGUACAACCAAUAAUGCCAAUUUACUGGCCUGGACUUGUCUUCCAUUGUUUCCAAAAGACAAGUCCAUUCUCGGGUCUAUGCUAUUCAGCAUGACAUUACAGAGUGAGCCUCCCAUAGAAAUGAUAGCUCCAGGAGUAUGGGAUAUAAGCCAGCCAUCCCCAGUGACCCUACAGAUUGCUUUUCCAGCUACUGAGUGGGAGUAUAUGAAACUUGAUUCUGAAGAGAAUAGAAGUAAACCAGAAGAACCACCAAAAGAGUGUUUAAAACAUAUUUCCAGACUUUCACAGAAACAGUCUCCCUUACUACUCUCUGAGGAAAAGAGAAGAUACUUAUGGUUUUAUCGUUUCUACUGCAAUAAUGAAAACUGCUCCCUUCCUUUGGUCUUGGGCAGUGCCCCUGGAUGGGAUGAAAGAACUGUUUCAGAAAUGCAUACCAUUUUGAGAAGAUGGAAAUUUUCUUGCCCUUUGGAAGCACUUGGACUUCUGACUUCUAGUUUUCCAGAUCAAGAAAUUCGUAAAGUGGCAGUUCAACAAUUAGACAACCUCUUGAAUGAUGAACUACUGGACUAUCUCCCACAGCUAGUUCAGGCUGCCAAGUUUGAAUGGAACCUUGAAAGUCCUCUAGUACAACUCCUAUUGCACCGUUCAUUGCAAAGCAUCCAGAUUGCCCAUCGUCUUUACUGGCUGCUAAAGGAUGCACAGAAUGAAACUUAUUUUAAAAGCUGGUAUCAGAAACUAUUGGCGGCUCUCCAAUUCUGUUCAGGAAAAGCCUUGAGUGAUGAGUUUUCCAAAGAGAAGAAACUUAUUAAAAUUCUGGGAGACAUUGGGGAAAAAGUCAAGUCUGCCAGUGACCCUCAAAGACAGGAGGUACUGAAGAAAGAGAUUGGCAGACUAGAAGAAUUCUUUCAGUGUAUAAAUACCUGUCACCUUCCUCUGAACCCUGCCCUGUGUAUAAGGGGUAUUGAUCAUGAUGCAUGUUCAUAUUUCACAUCUAAUGCUUUGCCACUGAAGAUUACUUUCAUCAAUGCUAACCCAAUGGGCAAAAACAUCAGCGUCAUUUUUAAGGCUGGCGAUGAUCUCCGUCAGGAUAUGCUUGUUCUGCAGAUUAUUCAAGUGAUGGACAAUAUUUGGCUGCAGGAGGGCUUGGAUAUGCAAAUGAUCAUUUAUAGAUGUCUAUCCACAGGAAAAGGUCAAGGAUUGGUGCAGAUGGUGCCCGAUGCCAUCACCCUAGCAAAGAUCCAUCGCCAUUCUGGACUGAUAGGACCAUUGAAAGAAAACACAAUCAAAAAAUGGUUCAGUCAGCACAACCAUCUAAAGGCAGAUUAUGAAAAGGCCUUGAGGAACUUUUUCUAUUCCUGUGCCGGCUGGUGUGUGGUAACGUUCAUCCUGGGAGUCUGUGACCGACAUAACGACAAUAUCAUGCUGACAAAGUCAGGCCACAUGUUUCAUAUUGACUUUGGAAAAUUCCUAGGUCAUGCACAAACAUUUGGAGGGAUAAAAAGGGACCGAGCACCUUUUAUUUUUACUUCAGAGAUGGAGUACUUUAUUACAGAAGGUGGGAAAAACCCACAGCAUUUCCAAGAUUUUGUGGAGCUUUGCUGUCGAGCUUAUAAUAUUGUCAGAAGGCACAGUCGACUGCUCUUGAACCUGCUAGAAAUGAUGCUACAUGCAGGAUUGCCUGAGCUGAGUGGAAUUCAAGACCUGAAAUAUGUGUAUAAUAAUCUUCGUCCACAAGACACAGACCUAGAAGCAACAAGUCAUUUUACCAAGAAAAUAAAGGAAAGUCUGGAGUGCUUCCCUGUUAAGUUAAAUAACUUGAUCCAUACACUUGCACAAAUGACAGCCACAAAUCCUGCCAAAUCUGCUUCACAGACUCCUUCCCAGGAAUCCUGUAUGCUGAGUGCAACCAGGUCAAUUCAAAGAGCGACAAUUUUAAGGUUCAGUAAGAAAACCAGUAAUCUGUAUCUAAUCCAGGUGAUACAUGGUAACAAUGAAAUGAGCCUGACAGAAAAAUCAUUUGACCAGUUUUCAAAACUUCACAGCCAACUUCAGAAGCAGUUUGCAUCAUUGACUCUCCCAGAGUUUCCUCAUUGGUGGCACGUACCUUUUACAAACUCAGACCACAAACGAUUCAGAGAUCUAAAUCAUUACAUGGAACAGAUAUUAAAUGGAUCAUAUAAAGUUGCAAAUAGUGAUUGCGUGCUUAGUUUUUUCCUCUCUGAGCCUGUGCAACAAACAAUUGAAGAACAAUCAUUUGUGGAUCUAGGUGAGAAGUUUCCUGACAAGACACCUAAGGUGCAGUUAGCGAUAUCACAUGAGGAUGCGAAGCUGACCAUACUAGUGAAACACAUGAAAAACAUUCAUCUCCCAGAUGGCUCUGCGCCCAGUGCACAUGUUGAAUUUUAUCUUUUACCAUAUCCCAGUGAAGUUCGUAGGAGGAAAACAAAAUCUGUUCCAAAAUGUACCGACCCCACUUAUAAUGAAAUUGUGGUGUAUGAUGAAGUCACAGAGCUCCAAGGACAUGUUUUAAUGCUUAUUGUGAAAAGCAAAAGCAUAUUUGUGGGAGCAAUUAACAUCCAACUUUAUACUGUCCCACUCAAUGAAGAAAAAUGGUAUCCACUAGGAAACUGUAUAAUUUGACCAUUUCUAUCAAUGAAUGCAUUAUUCAGUAACUACCUAUAUCUUUUUCCACUUCUGGGCCUCUUUGUCACUAGAGCAGGACGUUUUUGUUGUCAAAGGUAGCAUAGUGUAUCAAGGACACACAAAAGAAAGACAUCAGAAUUAGUCUGUUAGAGUUAUAUAUUCUCUACUUGUGUUUCAUUGUUUUCUUAGAAUCUUUUCUCCUUAACAAAGUGCCAAUUUAUUGUGUAAAAUAAAAGAACACCUAAUUUUAAUAUAUCUUUUAAAUCAAACACAUGCUCACAUUUUUUAACUGUGUGCCUACUGUUAAAAGCAACACUCUGACUGUAGUUUCCAAGAAAUAUGGCCAUAAAUCUCACCAGUUAAUUUAAGAUCUAAGUAUAUCUGUAACAGAUUUUUAACUUUGAAGUAAAUAUACAUACCUGCAUACUGA